AUGAACCGCAUGGCAUCUGUCAACCGCGCCUCGAAGGUGCUACUCGCAACAGGAGUGUGUUCUAGGCGAUACAAGGGGGCGGCCGGGGGGGGGGUGAUCUUUGUCUCCGUGUGUGCAUCUAACAGGCAUCGUCUGUCUCCGCUUGUUAUAUUUUCUGUCGCGCAGAAACGCGACGGGAAGUUCUCGUACGAGCUGAUCGUGGUGGAUGACGGCAGCAAAGAUAAAACGACGGAGGUGGCGCUUGGCUACGUGAAGCGCUUUGGGGUGGAGAGGGUGCGGGUGCUGACACUGCAGCGGAACCGCGGCAAGGGCGGCGCCGUGAAGCGGGGCAUGUUCUGUGCGCGUGGAGAGUCUCUGCUCAUGGCAGACGCCGAUGGAGCCACCAAGUUCCCCGACCUGGAGAAACUGGAGGCGGCACAACAGGAGAUCCUGGGGAGAGAACCGGGUCUCUUGGCCAUCUCCUGUGGCUCCCGUGCCCACCUAGAGCAGGAUUCCAUCGCUCAGCGCUCCUACUUCCGCACGCUGCUCAUGUACGGCUUCCACUUCCUGGUGUGGCUGCUGUGCGUGCGGGGGGUGCGCGACACGCAGUGCGGCUUCAAGCUGCUGAGCCGCGCCGCCGCCCUGCGCACCUUCUCCAGCCUGCACGUCGAGCGCUGGGCCUUUGAUGUUGAGCUCUUGUACAUCGCACAGUGCCUGAGCAUCCCUGUCGCAGAGGUGGCCGUGAGGUGGACGGAGAUUGAGGGAUCCAAGCUGACUCCCUUCUGGAGCUGGGUGCAGAUGGGCCGGGACCUGCUCUUCAUCCGCCUGCGCUACCUGACCGGCGCAUGGAGACUCGAGCCCGUCGACAAGCAAGAGUGAUUGGCGGUGGACAGAACAUUGCCCGCACUUGCUAUCUUGCCUGCCCGCCCACCCGCUUGCCCAUGCAUGGGCCGACAGACCGCACGGGAGCGUCUCGUUUGGAACACCACGUGCGUUUGGAAGUUGCCUGGGGCGGGGCGCGGGGGGGCGCGGCAGGCAGAGGUCGCAAACGGGUUUUGAUUCCUUACCCGUACCCGGCCGCACCAGGGUCGAAAACGGGUACCCGUACCUGUACCCUACCCGAUAACCGGCUACCCGUACCUGGCCGGGUAUCGGGUAGGGUACGAAUAUCGGGUACCCGAUUGCGACCUCUGGGAUGAAGCCAUGUUGCAGGCGCGGGUGGGUUGAUUCUAGGAACUUGAAUUGUGAGAAGAGACAAGACGUUGGGAAAUGAGUGACAAACGGUGACUCACCAGUGACUCACGGUCUACCCGUACCUGUACCCGGCCGCACCAGGGUCGCAAACGGGUACCCGUACCCGUACCCGGCUGGGUACGGGUAGCCGGGUAUCGGGUAGGAUACGGGUAUGGGGUACCCGGUUGCGACCUCUGGCGGCAGGCGAUGUGGGGGGGGGGGGGGGUGGUUAUUCCGUGGACGAAUCCAACGAGGGUUUACACGAAACUGCAGAGCGCUUCGUUAAGCCUUUGCACUGACGCGGGCUUGGGGCAGUAGUGGCUUGACGCAGCUUCCUCGCUGUGCCGCCGAGCGUGCACUUGAAGGCCGAGUGAUCUGCGGAGGUUCUCGUAUCAUGUGGCCUUUCCAGGUCUGUGGCCAUAUAUGGGUUGUAGUUUUAUUUUAUCGAGGGUGAACCCCAGGUGGGGUUAUAUUGGUGAUGCUGGGAACGCCACUCUUCCUGUUUUCGAUGGCAAGGGGGGAAGAUACGCGGGGGUGGUUGGGUACAUUAUUACUGAACCAAUGUUUGUAUAAAAACGAUCUCGUGCCGUCGUGACGGACUGUGGGUUAUUAUGAUGUGGGUUUAAUAAAUACAUGUAACAUGAUCUGUAAUGCCGCCACAAUAUAAAUAACAUUUAGCUCCAUCAACCCGAUUGGGGUCUUGGAUGAAUGUUCUCCAGUAGUAUUUGUUUGUGCUGGCAAACUCCUGGCCGGUUUCAACUUUCUCAUGCUCAUCAGCAAGCUGCUGUGGCCUUUUAAAAACAGAUGCUGCUGGGAAACAUCGGUCCAGACGACCAAUAUGCCAGUGGACCUAAACGUUAUUUUUCGGUGGUGAAACAGACUGCCGACUGUUCAUUAACUGAAAUUUAUUUAUGUAUUAACAUUUCAAAUUAAAUUCUGUACACUACGCACACGUGGAGUAUUCUUGAUGUUGCAGCACACGUGUGUGUGUGUACGUGCGCACAGAGGCAGAUGCGUGGAAUAACGCAAUGCAACCGACGUUCCCUACUAAGUGGCGGUGAUGUCACCGCAGCCCAUUUUGUUUGCCAGCAGAGCCUCCACGCACAUCUGCGCACGUGUGCACGCAUCGAUGUGUACGCGCGCAAGCACUCUAGCGCACAUGCACGUAGGAACAAUUGCCUGCUAACUCUGUCUCGCAUUGAAUCCUAUGAGACUCGUAUUUUCUUGCCUUACAAAGAGCAGCUCAAUUGAGCCGCAUGCUGCUCAUUUAUAAAACAUCUCCUGUGCCCUCUCCUAUUUGUGUUCGUGGUUUGCAAGGCACAUCUCGCGUGGAGAAAUGGCACUAUCAAACUGUCAGCAACUCCUAUAUCAAUACAGGAUUUUCAGUCAAAUUGGUUUCAUUUUUAUAGGGCAUACCCUACCCCCCACCACCUCAAGCCCUCAAUUGAUUCGUCCAUCGGUAGUUUCGUUGCCGCCUACACGAAUUGUGUGUAAAUAUGACUACGAAGAUCUAAUUUGGAGCUGGGACGAUUCGUCUAUUGAGGCAAUUAAUCGGCAAAAAAAUUAAUCCGUUAAAACAAAGUUUAUCACUAUAAAUCCUUUAUAUGCGUGGCAUCGGUUUUAUUUUAUUAUUCAUUUCUGUUAUUCUUGAGUAAGAGUUUCAUUUUUAUCACAUUGGUAUUUUAAAUUAAAUAUGAAAAAAAAAAUUCCUAAAAAGUGGAAAAUUUUGAAAAAAAAUUUUCACGAAAAUAAAUUGUCACGCACAACGA